AUGGAGGUGAGCUGUGAGGAUCUGGAGAAAGUACUCAUCGGGUCAGACCCCGAGAGGUUUUUUCAGGUCGGCUCAGAAUUACCGCCCCAAGAGAAGUCAACACUAAUUGAUUUUCUUAGACAGAAUGUGGACGUAUUCGUCUGGGACACCUACGAGGCCCCUGGGGUUGACCCAGAUUUCAUCUGCCAUCACCUUAACGUUAACCUGGCUGUAACACCUAAGAAACAGCCUCAUUGGCGACCAUCGAAAGAACAUGCCGAUGUUGUGAGAGAAGAGGUCACAAAGUUGAAAAAAGCGGGGGCUAUCAAGGAGUGUUCAUUUGGAGUGGGAUCAUGGAAAUUCUUAGGUUACAUGGUAACCCACAGAGGCAUCGAAGUCAACCCUGACCAAAUUAGAGCUAUCCAUAGCCUACAACCCCCUCGGAAUCCCAAAGAGGUCCAAAAUCUCACCGGCAUGAUCGCCGCUUUAAACCGUUUCAUUUCCCGCUCAGCGAACAGAUACAGACCUUUCUUCCUCCUAUUAAACAAGUGGAAGGGUUUUGAGUGGACCGAGGAGUGUGCUUUAGCUUUCCAACAACUUAAGGAGUACCUCGCCCGACCACCAAUUAUGUCUAGUCCUGAAGCCGAUGAGGUGCUAUUCGCCUAUGUUGCUGUGGCCUUUCAUGCAGUAAGCUUAGUGCUGAUCCGAGAAGACAAUGGCAAGCAACGGCCCGUCUACUACGUAAGCAAAUCGCUGCACGAGGCAGAGAUCCGCUACCUCCCCCUUGAAAAUGCCGUCUUGGCAAUCAGUGCCGACUACAUGGGAAGAAUUGCAAAAUGGGGAACGAUCCUGGGCGCCUUUGACAUUAGGUACAUGCCUCGCACUGCUGUGAAGGGUCAGGUCCUCGCAGAUUUAGUAGCCGAAUUUGCGGAGCCCAUACUAGAAGGAGGGGGAGGGUCACUAAGCCCAGACGGGAAAUUGAUAAAUGCAAUCACUCAGCAAGAGCCCAGUUGGUGGAAAGCACACGUCGACAGCGCUGCCAACCAAAGGGGCUCAGGUGUGGGGCUCGUUCUGGUCUCCCCCGAAGGUAUCACCAUCGAAAAAUCUUUAAGGCUUGGUUUCUCGGCCACGAAUAACGAGGCAGAGUAUGAGGCACUAUUGGAAGGAAUGUCAAUGAUCCAGAAACUGGGUGGAAAAUCCGCGAACAUAUUUUCAGACUCGAGACUCAUCGUCGGACAAGUAAAUGGGGAGUUGGAGGCGAAGGAUGAAAGAAUGCAAGAGUACUUGGCCCAGGUUAAACGCCUACAGACCCAUUUUUGUCACUUCUAUCUGGCGCAUGUGUCAAGAAGCGGGAACACCCAUACUGAUUCUCUUGCAACGCUAGCUACCUCCUCGGCUCAGCCAUUUCCCUGGGUUAUUCUAGUAGAAGAUUUCUACCGCCCAACGACGACAAGGGCCAACAAAAUACAAGUCCACAACGUCAGGGCUGGGCCUAGUUAG